AAAUGUCAAAAUCAGAUGUGCUCAAUAUUUUGUUGAAGGCAUCAAGAUUUUUAGUAUAUUAGCAUAAAACCCAUAAAAAAUUAGAUUAACGUGUUAAUUUUCAAAUAAAAUUAUAAGUCAAAUGUCAUUUCGGGAGGCAUAUAAUUUAGUCAGCAAACAGGCUGUUCGCUGGUUCCCCGGACACAUGGGAAGAGGACUAAAACAAAUGGAGCAGAAACUGAGAUCUGUGGAUUGUAUUGUUGAAGUGCAUGAUGCUCGAAUUCCCUUUUCUGGCCGAAAUCCAGAAUUUAAACACACAAUAUCUGGUGGUGCAAAGCCGCACAUUCUUGUUUUAAAUAAAAAAGAUCUCACUGAAACACGCGAACAGCGCAAAAUCGCCAAAGAGCUGCAAGAACGUGAGGGAAUUGAGCAUGUUGUGUUCACCAAUUGUAAGGACCAACAAUGCCCAGGUGUCAAACGAGUGGUACCUUUAGCGCAUAAACUUGUUUCUACAUCGGACCGCUAUAAUCGGACAGGGGUACAGGAGGCGAGUAUUAUGAUAAUUGGCGUGCCGAAUGUUGGCAAAAGCUCGUUGUUGAAUGUGCUACGUAACAAGAACCUGCGAAAGAAAAGUGCGACGCAAGUGGGGAAUACUGCUGGGGUUACGCGCUCAGUUCUGGAACGCAUUAAAAUUAGUGAAUUUCCUUUAAUUUAUAUGAUUGACACACCGGGAAUUCUGGAGCCCAGAAUAGCUGACGAUGAAAUGGGUAUGAAAUUGGCAUCACUCGGCUGCUUGCCAGAUCAUUUAGUGGGUGAAGAACUGAUAGCGGAUUACAUGUUGUACUGGAUGAAUAAACAUCGUCGGUUCGAGUAUGUGAAAGAAGUUGGAUUGGAAAAUCCCACAGAUAGCAUUGCCGAGGUUCUAAUGAUGUAUGCUAAGGGUUUAGGUGCAGAAAGAAAACUCAGGACAUUCGACGGUCAAAUUGUAAAUGUACCGAAUACUUUGGUGGCUGCACAACGGCUUAUAAAAAAUUUUCGAAGUGGGCAAUUCGGUGGUGUCAAUCUAGACAGAUAAUGUAUUUUGGUUUUAAAUUUUAAAUAACAAAAGAACGUAUGCAACUAUGUACA